CCUAACGCGUUUGGCCGAUUGCCUCGCUGAGCUUCACGUACCUGCAUGGCCGAUAUCGUGGCAAUUGUUGCGUCAGGCUUGGCGCUCGCCGACGCGCUAAAAAAGCUUGUGCUGCCCAAACUCAUAGAGUUGCUUCGAUCCAAGCCCACGACCGUGUCGACUAGUCUCCGAUGCACAGCAGGCAGUGACUUGGGCGCACUCGCACUGCUGCCUCGUUUCGAACCCUAUGCUUAUAACAUCGCAGUCGCGGGCACGGUGAACACGGGCAAAAGCAGCCUCGUAGAAGCGCUCCUCAAGCUGUGGGGAAACCAUCACGCAAACGACGCUGGCGUCCCGGUAACGGUGAAGCCGGGGGUGACCGCGGUGAAGCACGCCUUUGGCCCCAAUGCGUUCCUGUGGGACUUGCCGGGGGCCGGCACGACCGAGUGCCCCGCCGCGCACUACUUCCGCGACAUGUGCCUGUCCAGCUUCGACUGCGUGUUGCUUGUCACGUCGGACACCGUUCGUGAGGCGGACGCCACCGUGAUCAAGGCCUGCAUCGCCAAGCGCCAGCACAUUGCCGUGGUCUACAACAAAGCAGACGAGGCGCUGUCCACCGAGCUGCGGAAGGGCUCCAGAAUCCGCGCAACAGACUCCCGAGCCGCCGCGGACGCCCUACGCCAGCGCAUUGGCUCCAACCUACGCGCCGUGCUGGGCCAGCCGACGGCUGCGGGCGGCGGCGACCGGUCGGUGGAUUACUUCCUGCUGAGCGCCAUGGCCCUGAGCGACAUGCUGGACGGCAUCAACAGCGGGCGCCAGGAGGGGGAGGGCCUGCUGGGCUUGUACGAGUUCGGGCCGGACAAGGCGCUGGCACGCACCGGCCUGGACGAGAUGGCGCUGUUGUCCUGGAUCCAGUCCGUGCUGCGCCUGCGUCACCCGCACUCGCCGGCGGGUGCUGGUGCAGGCGCGCCCCGCUGGCCGCCGCCAGCGCAAGCGGCGCACGAGCGGUAUCCACCUGUUCCGGUUGCACCGCCACAUACGCCACCGUUGCCAGUGUAUGGGGCGGCGCUGCUGCAGCAACACAUGAGGAUGCCGCCCACGGCACAACCGCCACAACAGCCACAGCCACACCAGCAACCGUGCCAGCACCAGCACCAGCACCAGCAGCAGCAGGCAGCGGCAGCCGCCUCACCGCCACAGGCGGCACCAUCAGCAGCACCACCGGCGGCGGCGGUAUUGCCGCUGCCACUGCCAUUGCAGCGCGACCCGGCUCUGCUGUCACCAGUGCGCAGGAAUGCAGCCGCCGCAGCCGCCGCAGCCGCCGCAGCCGCAGCUGUUGCCGCCGCCAGCUUCCCACGGCACGCGAUCCCGAGCGAGUUCAUUUGCCCAAUCACGCAGGACGUGAUGAGCGAGCCCGUGGUCACGGCGGACGGGCACUCCUACAACCGGCCCGGCAUCGAGCAGUGGCUGGCGGCCGGCAACGCCACCUCGCCACGCACCAACCUGCCGUUGGUACACACGCACCUGGUGCCCAACAAACAGCUGCGCAGCGCUAUUGCGGCCUGGAGCGCGCAGGCCGGCUACCCGCUACCAGCGGCAGCGGAUUAAUACAGGCAGAAGCAGCAGUGGUGAUGCGUGUACUUUGCACGUGCGGCGUGCGGCGCGGCACCUUCCGCAACUACCAACACUUAAACUAACACACGGGGAUCACAAACGGGCUUUCGUGCAACUGCCAACAAACAGGGGGGGGCACGUGGCGUGGCAGUUGGCGCGCAGAGCGAGUGGGAGGUGAGAGUUACGCGGGGUCGCGUGUGGGAAGCUGCAACAGAGUACGGCGGAGCGCGGCGGAGGCUGGCGGUUGGCGCGGCGCGUGAGUGGGAGUGCAUAGUCGUGCGCGAGGCGUGUGGGAAGCUGCUGUGGGGGUACGGCGGAGCUCGGCGGGGUUUGGCGGUCGGUGUGGCGCGCGAGUGGGAGUGCAUAGUCAUGCGCGUGUCGUUGGGGAAGCUGCGUGUGAGCUGCGUGUUAACUCAAGAGGG